AGUACUGACCAAAGCAUUGACAAAGCCAAAGUAAUACUGUGCAGCGUGUCUGUCUAUGGGGCUUAUUAACUUGGACUAACAAUAUUUAUAGUUAUAUUUAGAGAUAAAACUAAUAUCGAGCUGUUAUCUUGCCCAGGUUGUUUGUCUUUACACUGAUCUGCUCAGGUCGGACUUGCAAAUUCGAUGAUACAAGGCGUGCCAGUACCCUGUACAUGUGAUAGCGAGGGGAGGUGAUUUUGUUAGAGUUCGCUGGGGGACCGAUUGCAUUGCUUGAGAGUCUGACCUCCCCAGAGCGGUCUGCAGAUUAGAUUUGGAUUGCUGGAUAUUUCUUCUCGUUUUGAAAUUGUUUGCGACUGUUACCGAAAGCGAAGGGGAAGAGAAAGGACUCAGUGUUUUCAACUAUGGGAGCAUCGACAUCUGCGCGGCGGGACGGCAAGAGCCCGGGGGAUGCAUCCACGGCCCAGGAGCAGGAUGUGCUUUCGAACGAGAGUCAGGGAGGGGAGAACGUUGGUUCAAAGCUCCUACAGAAGAAUGGGAAGAUCUCUGAUCUGAAUGGGAAAACAGAUGACCAAAUAGAGGGCUUCGAUGGCCGCUCUGGGGAGAAAGUCCUGGCAGAAGUUGGUCAGACAGACUCUGUGUUGGUGUCUCAGAAGGAUGAUAUCCUAGAGGUCAUGGAGGUGCUCCAAGAUGAAGUCACUACUCUGACAGCAGAGAAGGAAUUGCCCAAAAUUUAUAGCCCGUCUCUAACAGACGAGAAAGCCACCAAUGAAGAGCCAAACGAUGCUAGGGAAGUUGGAUUCAAGAAAAUCUUCAGAUUUGUUGGGUUUAAAUUCACACUUAAAAAAGACAAGCCUGAAAAACCUGCCCCUGUGCAACCGACUGUCAACGAAGAGGAGGCAGAAGAAGCAAUUGGCCCUGAGAUCACUGAAAAAAUUCCAGAGGUGCUGGAUGGUAGAGAAGGAGCCUCUGAAUCUCCCACUGAAGUUGUUGUCUGUAAGGGAGUGGACAAGGAGACAACUGAACAGUCUGUAGAGCAGACAGAGAAUAUUGAGGAGAUAACCCCAGAGGCAGAGCCUCCCAUAAGCCCCGUUGUCCAGGAGAUCCAGUCACCAAUAAAAAGAUUCUUCACACAGGGCAUUUUCUCCAGUUUAAGAAAAAGAUCCAGCUUUAAAAAGCCUGCAGAAGAAGCACCACUUAAAGAGAAGGUUGUAGAAAAAGAAUCUAAUACGGAAAAGGCAGAAUCCCCAAAAGAGGAAAGUAAAACCUCCACAGAAGACGAGGUCCCAUCUCGACCUGAGCACGAACACCAGAGUACUGCACCAGAGGAACCUAAGGUUGGGUCGCUCACUGAAAUAACACUGGCUGCUGAAGAGAAACAAAAUGAGGGUAAAAUUGAGGUUAAAGCCCACACCGUUCAAACUGCUUCAGAGGAAGACACAAGUACCCUGCCAGCUGACACUGGUAAUGACAUUAAGGCUACAGAACAGGAAUCAGGGGACACUGUUAGUGAGUGGACAUGUCCUGACAAGGUCAAACCAGUGUUAACAACUGAGGCAAACCUUCUGUCAUGUCAAGAAAAGGUUAAGAACCAUGGAAGUCCAUUAAAAAAACUAUUCACUGGGACGAACUUGAAGAAACGUUCCAAGAAACUGAAAGGAAAGAGAGAGGCUGAGACAAAGUUAAGCACAUCUGGUGAGCCUGCUGCUGAACAGCUUCAGUCUUCUACUGACUCAGCUGAGAGCCCUAGGAUUGACAGCUCCUUCUCUUCUCCUGAGGAAUCAACAGAAUAUGUCAAUGGUGAUCCCCUGCAAGCUGAAGCUGAAGCAGACAAAGUCAGCUCAGACGAGGAAAGGAAGAGGGAUGGGAUCCAGCCAUGGGCUUCCUUCAAAAAGCUCAUGACACCAAAGAAACGAGCAAAAAUGUCUUCAGAGAGUGAAGAUGAGGCUGCUGAAAAGCCCAAGACAGUGACUCUGUCCUCAGUGAACAAUUCUGUGUUCACCGAACAGCAGGAAGAGCAGAAACCCAGUGAAGAAAAAAAGGUGGAACUCAGCACAGAAGAACCCCCCAGAAAGAAGGAAUCAUCUAUGUCCUGGGAAGCCCUACUCUGUAGGGGGUCUGCUAAAAAGAGAGCCAGGAAAACAUCUGACUCUGAUGGGGAGAAGGUGGAGGAGGAUGAAGAUCCUGGGAGAACGGUUGGAUCUCCUAUUGGAAGUUCCCAAGAUGGGGAGCAUGAAUUGUUAAUGUCCUCUCCUGAACAAGCAGGGAGCCCCUCUGAAGGAGAUGGAGAGUCCACCUGGGCAUCUCUGAAAAGGCUUGUCACCCCACGAAGGAGGGCCAGAUCUGAGGAUAGAGCUGAAGAUUUUGCUGGGUUCUCUGCCGAACAGGUACCCUCAGACAGUGAGAUGCCCAAAGAAGAGACGUCGUUUUCCCUUAAGAGGCUCAUCCCUGGCCGUAGAAAGAAAGGGCUGGAUGGAAAGCAGGAGCAGGUUUUGUCUGAUGAGGGUGGCAAGGACUUUGGAUCAGCUGAGGAGGACUCAGACACACCUGCCGUGAUUCCUUUGUCAGAAUUUUACUUAACAGAGUUUGAGGAGGUGGGUUUCAUCCCUAAAGGGGAGGCAGCAGAGAAGCAAAUGGACACCAUUGAUCCUGAGGUAACAAAGCAAGAGUUGCCUAUUCCAGAGCCUACAGUCACAGUUCCUCAUGAAACCUUGCCCACUGAAGUCAAAGAAACACAGGACACACUCAUAGAUGGCAUGGAGGAACAAUCAGCUUCCUGGAUUCUAACCACAGCUGAGGUGGAGACUGAGGAUAAAACUGAGAGCAUAACUACACAUCAGCAGUUAAGUGAUAUACCAGAAGAAGGGGCAAUUGAGGAUACAGCUGUUACCCCAAAGUCUAUGGCUGAAGAGGUUUGUCAGGAUGACACAAUAGCUGAAGAUGUUAUUGAGUUGACGUCUGAGGCUGUGACAGCACCAGAGGAGGCAUCAGAAGAGUCAUUUGCAGAGGAAUCAACAGAAAUGAUUUCAGCAGUUUCCCGUCUGACAGAUUCUCCUGGAACAUCUGGAGAGACUACACCAGUGGCAGCACAGUAUGAGGUGAAAGAAACAAAAGCUGUUCUGCGAGAUGCUGUGGAAAAUAUCAACUUAUCUGUAGACAUCAUAACUGCAACAAAAGAGGUAGAAAAGGUUUUAGUGACACACGCAAUAUCAGAGACCACAGCUUUCUGUAUAGGCCUGGACUCACAGGAAAUCCAACCUGUUGAGGAAGCCCGAGUGAAAAUCUAUGUGGUGGGCGUCCCUGAAGUCAGUGAGGUGCUAUCUGCAGAAAUAGUGUCGGAAGCUAAGAGAGAUAAGAUUGAAGUUGUUGGAAUAACCCAGGAGGAAGUCUAUGAAGCUCAGGUUGAAGUGGUCAAGACUGAAUUCAAAGAAGAGGUGGCAGAAGCGAUUCCACAAGUCAUGGAGGUGGAGGUUGAGCAAAUUAAUUCAGUGAAAAAUGUGUCCACAUAUAAUGCACUUGAUAAAAUUUCUGAGGUUAUGCAAAUGGAAGAAGCAGAAUCAGUAAAUGAACUACAGGAACUCAGACCAGUUCAAAAAUAUGAGCCUGAGGAGGAAGAGGAACCCCUCUGCAGUCCGUCUGCACAAGUCAUUAAAGCACCCAUCAUGAAAGGAGAAAAAGAGGAGGAACUAGACAGAGCUGAUAAGUCUGAAGGUAAUGUGAAAUAUUACCCAAUGCCAGGUGUGAUCCACUGCCUAAGAGAGGAAUUCAGUGCCUGCAUGUCUGAGCCUCCCACUGCUGAAAACGCAGGAGACCAGGAGACUCCAAUUAAUGCAGAGGCAGCGAUCAGCAUUAUCAACCCAUCCACUGCAUCCACUGAAUCAGAAAUACAGGACAUUACAAAUGAAGUCACAAUAGAAAGAGUUUCUUCCAUACAAUUUAUGGAUAGCCAUGAAAUCGAUGUCCUGUUGGAAGAUACGGAAUUUCACUCAGCAGAAUCCAUCAUUGAGGCAGAAAUCGAAGCUGCAUUAACUGAUACCAUUUUUGGGGAGGACAUUUAUGAGAGAGUGGAGGAAAAGCAGGAAGUGAUGAUUGCAGAGCAAGUGACCAAAUUGGCAACCACUGAAGAGCAGAGCUCAAUUACUGUUCAGGAGACACUUGAAAAUGUGUUGGAAAGCUUAAUAGAACCAGCAACAGAAUUGGAGGCUGCUGAAUCACAUGAGGAAGAGGGAAAAUGCACAUCAAUUCUGGAAAACUUAAUACCAGCAAGCAAAUUAAUAGAGGAACCACAGAUAGCAAAGGAGCCUGAAGCAGUGUCAUUGAUUGUUAAUAAAGCUGAAAAAAUACCAGAGGACAUAAAAUGUUUAACAAUGCUAUCAGAUGCCUCUAUUGAGGUAGAAGUGCAGUCACCUACAGGUCAGGAAGCAGAAGAUGUGCCCACACAGUCAGAAGCGGUAGAGGCAGAAUUAAGUGAUGUUCAUGUGUUAGAGGAAACGGAGAUAGCAGCAGUGACUGAGACAUAUGUGAGACCCAUUCUAGAGGAAAAUCCGAUUGAUGAAAGUAUUCCAAUGGAAGCAAUAGAAAGCCUUGAAAAAACUGCAGGGCAUCAUGAAGAGGAGCAGAGAAGCAAAAAUCAGGGAGUGGAUACAGAAACACCGGACAUGGAAGUUAAAUUUCUGGAGGAACAAAUGGAAGAAGAUGGUAAAGAAACUAUGGGAGCGGUAUCUCUGGAAGAGGGGAGACGAGAGAUGGGGAAAAAUGUAGAGAAUCAUCUACAGUCAAAAACACAGGCAGAGGCAGUGGAACAUGACCAGAACCAGGAGGACAGUGAAGGAUGUUCACAAAGAGAGACACACAUAAUUAUAGAGCUGCAACAAGAUAACCCUCUGUGUCCCCAAUAUACGCAAGAUAUGGAUGUUUUUCUCAGCUAUGAAGAAGAAUAUGUGAUGGUCAAGCAGGAAGAUGUGAAAGAGGUAUCACUUAGUGCUCUUGCACCACAUGUUCCCAGCCAGAUGAAGGAUGUGGAAGACUUCCUGAGCCAGACUAGAGUCGCAGGAGAAACUUUACAUCCAGGGGAAAUGAAUAAAGAAUAUGCACAGCAGGACUCACCGUAUGAAUUACAGAGUGUGAACAGUGAAAUGUCAAAAUAUCUCACAGAAACUACUGACGCUACAACAGAACAAUGUAGCCAGAAGGACAAAUACGUCCAAAGUCAAGUUGUGAAAACAGUUAUCCAGAUGCAAAUGCCACUGACAGGAACACGUAAACAAGAGGUAGAAAUCACUGAAGACCAGAGUCGCAUUGUUGAGGAAACACAGUUUGAGAAUGCAGCCGACAGCAUGACUCAAGAUGCUGCAGAAUCAAAUGAGGAAGGUGGUGAGAUUUUUACCAGCUGUUUAAUUAGUCAGGAACUAGAGGGAGACAUUACCCAAAAGCCCAUGAAAGACUCUGAACAAACUACAGCGACAACAAACUUAGAGGCAGUGAGUGAAAUAGCAAAACCAGAGGAUGCACAGAGCCAAGAAGGGUCAUCAGAAGAAGUGAUAAGAAAAGCCUCUGAAGAUGGCACCAUUCAAGAGGUGCUCAUGAAAAAUGAAACAAUGAAGAAGAGUCAAACCCAGGCUUCUGGUGAUGGGCAAGCAGGAGCUUUUCCUGCUGAGGUAAAAGAACAGGCAUCAGCUAUACAAAACAUCACAGACCACUUAAGGGGAGAUGCAGAGGCUAUGAACCUGAUAGCUCAGAUUGAAACAGUAGAGGCAACCGUGGAGGCAAUAGAAGAGCUGAUCAGCAAAAUGGAACCAAAUUCUACAGAGCUAACAGCAGCAUCUUGAACUGAUAUCUACAUGAUCUGUCUGGAAAAUUGAUUGACCGGAAGGGCUUGAGAGACUGAUUCCAGGAGUGGUGUCCCUAACUGAAGGCCAUCUCCGCCCUUCUCCUGGCACCACCUGCCAAUCCGACCCA